CUCUCUCCUUCUGCACUGAGUCCAAACCUACAGUCACUGGGUCCUGAUUGCGACAGUGGAGCCCAGUUUGCACUGCAGGGUCCAGAGAUGGCAUCAGUGAAGUUGGAGGACUGCAGUCAAACCCUGGAGCUGAAUGUCAACAUUAAAGAUGAAGAAGAGGAGGAGAAGAUUGGGACAUCUGUUUCUCAUGGACUAGAAUUAAGUCUGAGGCCGGUAACAUCAACAGUAACGACAAACCCAGCCUGCCUCUCUCCUUCCACACUGAGUGCAUACCCACAGUCACUGGGUUCUGAUUGUGACAGUGGGGCCCAGUUUGCACUGCAUGAUCCAGAGAUGGCAUCAGUGAAGCUGGAAGACUGCAGUCAAACACUGGAGCUGAAUGUCAACAUUAAAGAUGAAGAAGAGGAGGAGAAGAUUGGGAAAUGUGUUAAUCAUGUAGACCAUGUUGAGACAUUCUCUACAUCCAGAGAGCAUCAGCAGGAAGAUCACAGAGCAAAGAUGUCUCACCACUGCCCACAUUGUGAGGAGAUUUUCCCAUUUCUACCAAAGCUAAAAAUACACACAGGAGAAAAGCUUUACUCCUGCUCUGAAUGUGGAAAGAGUUUCUUUCACCUGGGUACCUUAAAACAACAUGAACGUAUACACAAAUUAUACACAAAAGCACAAAAGCCAAACUCCUGCUCUGAAUGUGGAAAAAGCUUCAAAACAUCAACAUCACUAAAACUUCAUCAGAGAAUACACACAGGAGAGAAGCCUUACUCCUGCUCUGCAUGUGGGGCGAGUUUCUCUCAACUGGGCAGCUUAAAAAACCAUGAACGUAUACACACAGGAGAGAAGCCUUACUCAUGUUCUGAAUGUGGAAAAUGCUUCAAAAGAUCAACAUCACUAAAACUUCAUCAGAGAACACACACAGGAGAGAAGCCUUACUCAUGUUCUGAAUGUGGAAAAUGCUUCAAAAGAUCAACAUCACUAAAACUUCAUCAGAGAACACACACAGGAGAGAAGCCUUACUCCUGCUCUGCAUGUGGGGCAAGUUUCUCUCAACUGGGCAGCUUAAAAAACCAUGAACGUAUACACACAGGAGAGAAGCCUUACUCAUGUUCUGAAUGUGGAAAAUGCGUCAUAACAUCAACAUCACUAAAAGUUCAUCAGAGAACACACACAGGAGAGAAGCCUUACUCAUGUUCUGAAUGUGGAAAAUGCUACAAAACAUCAACAUCACUAAAAGUUCAUCAGAGAACACACACAGGAGAGAAGCCUUACUCAUGUUCUGAAUGUGGAAAAUGCUUCAAAACAUCAAAAUCACUAAAAGUUCAUCAGAGAACACACACAGGAGAGAAGCCUUACUCAUGUUCUGAAUGUGGAAAAUGCUACAAAACAUCAACAUCACUAAAAGUUCAUCAGAGAACACACACAGGAGAGAAGCCUUACUCAUGUUCUGAAUGUGGAAAAUGCUUCAAAACAUCAACAUCACUAAAAGUUCAUCAGAGAACACACACAAGAGAGAAGCCUUACUCCUGCUCUGACUGUGGAAAGAGGUUCUCUCUAUUGGGUAUCUUAAAACAACAUGAACGUAUACACAAAGGAGAUAAGCUUUACUCAUGUUCUGUAUGUGCAAAAUGCUUCAAAACAUCAACAUCACUAAAAGUUCAUCAGAGAACACACACAGGAGAGAAGCCUUACUACUGCUCUGAAUGUGGGGCGAGUUUCUCUCAACAGGGCCACUUAAAAAAACAUGGACAUAUACACAAACGAGAGAAGCCUUACUACUGCUCUGAAUGUGGGAAGAAAUUCUACAGAUUGGGCCAAUUAAAAAGACACCAAUGUACACAUAAAGGAGAGAAACCUCAUCAGUUUUCUCAGACCAGCUAAGAUUAGACACUCCACUUAAUUAUCAUGUCAUUAAAUAAUUGGCAAUUGGAUCAAAUGAAGAAAGUGUAGAACACUAUUGUAAUCCUAUUGUUUCUCACUGUGAGAGAACAAUGCAGAGGAAAGGGAGUGUUAUAGAAUGUUAGCCUCUCUUUACUGAUCAGUGUGCACCUUGUCAGUUUUGUUGUGUUUUGUUAGCUUCUACUGUAAAGAUAUUGAGAUUACCUUGAAU